AUGGGAUCCAAACACAAACCCAGCCUCUCCCAGAGCUCUGCCUCGAGCUCCGAGGAUGGCACCAACUCACGCGCCAGCUCCAGCAGCCAUGCACCGGCUCCCGCCUCACAGCCUACGCUGAGUCGUUGGGAACGUCUUCGACGCCCAUCCGCCGCCAGCUCAACCAAGCGACCCAACUUUGGCGAGGCAAAUCGCAGCUAUAGCACCAGCAGUAGCACUGUCACUUCGCCCACCACUCCCUUCUUUCCGCUACCCAGUCCGCUUGGUGGCCCAUCGCACGACAUGAUGCGCACCGUGAGCGACGACAGCUACAUGCACAUCUUGGCGGCUUCCGCUGCCGCGCGCAGGGCUGCCAUGGACUCAGGAGCCACGGCGCCAGAUACAGCUUCGGUCAUGUCGUUCACCUGCUCGCUCAGCAAAGAGUUUGACCGUCACCGCGCCGAUGCCCAUUCGCUGAAUGCACCGCUCGCCGAUCUACCGUCCUCCACGACGACCACUGCCAACAGAAUGCCGGCGCAACAACAGGCACCAAGUAUCGGUACAAAACAGGCUUGGCUGGACACCACCUUCAACAAACUCAGCGCGAGAUAUCGCACACCCAAGAAGGGUGCUGCCCAAAAGGGAGGUGCAUCGACUCGACCUACCAAACCCCACUUCCUCGACUUGAGCUCUGUCAUCUGCCCAACGCCUCAAUACACGGAUCGCAGCACUUCGACCGAGGAUGAAGGUGAAGCUGGAGAUCGUUCUUCGUCAUCCUCGUCAUCGGCAUCAGCGUCUUUCAACUCUGGAGCGGAUUCGUCUUUCGAAGCCAUGUCUGGAUGGGAGGACUCGUCGGCAGACACAAGCAUCGAGCUCAGGACGCCGCAAAACGAAGAGGACCGUCAACUGCCUUGCAGCGCUUACGACUUUACCACGCCUCGACCGUCGCAGAUGCAGCGCUUUGCAUCUGCUCAGAGUGCCGCUACCUCACUAGGAUACGGCAUGCGCUUGCCUUCGCCACCGCUCAUCUCACCGCUGAUGCCCAGCUUUGCGCUGCCAAGCUCGGGAGCAUCGACUCCCGGUUUGGCUCCUGCCAGCGCCCACACCUAUGGCUUCCCCGCCCCGCCUCAGAUGAGCGGACGUGGCGUCACUGUCGAUGACAUUCAGCACAAGCCUUUGAGUGUUGCGAUGCGGUCCAACAACACGACAGGGCCCGCCAUUGCAGGUCCCCCCUCUGGGAUGCGUCAGCUUCGGAAGCAGAAAUCGUUUGACAAUCCAGCCGAGCUUCGUCGUCGACAGAAGCAGGAGUGGAGCGUCGAUGGACCCAAGCCGCCUGGAUUCGGAGGGAAUGCCAAGCUGACGAUCGGGAUCCCAACACCUCAGCAGUUGCAGCAGCAAUCGCAGCACGCCUUGCUUUCACCUCAGAGCGUGAUCAGCCCGCAGAUGUCGCUGCAUACGCUGGAUGCUCGCCAGCGUACUCAUGGGCAAGGUCGAUCACCGGGCGCUAAUCAGGCCAUGCUGCCUCCGCAUGCUGCACCUCUUCGCAGUCGUGUGGCCGAGAUGCAGGCUAGGUCGUCGCAUAUGCAGCGCAGUGUCAGCCAUGACACGGCGGGGGCUUCCUUGCAGCACAACCAUGCUCUUAGGACGGGUUAUACGCCGGUCGUGAGCGACAUCGACCCGGCCUCGUCUACCGGCUUUUCUACGUCGUCGAGGCAAACCAGGCAGGAUCACGGCCGUCCCGGUAGCGACCGGCGUAUGCCUACUCAGUUGCCUGUGACCUCGCCGUUGCAGUCACCCAUCGGAGGUGCUGUCCCGCUGCCCCCACUGCUUCCCAACUCGUCGCGCGAGUCGUACGGCUCGUCAGUGGGCACCGAGUCGCUGCCGCCCACACCCCUGUCGACCACCUUCAUGCGUGGCCUUCCGCUGUCGGCUGUCGACGAGCGCAUCAAGCCAGCAUCACCCGCUUCGCCACGUGAAGUGCGAAUCCCACGCGAUCUGCACCAAGCUGCCGCACUCCACGGUGCUGCUGGACCGAUGAUGGGAUCCGCGCUCGGGCUUCUGCCGGGAAAGAUGGUACGUGCGUAUUCGGAUUUCUCGCACGCUCUGCCCGACGAAGCGAGCCGAGCGCUUGCGGGAUCGCGUUUGAGGGGGGAGAGCAUCAGCAGUCAGGACGAGAGCCGGGAUCGUGGGGAUGGCGAGACGCUGCGGCGACAGGUGUAUGCAGUGCAGACGACACCGAGACAGAAGAUGAGGCCGGAGCUGAGGCGCGAGCACACGUCAAAUGCGGUCCUGGUCAGCCCGCCCAAGGCGCAAAACCAACAGCAGCUGGUAGAUGCUAGGGGCGAGUAUCUGAGAGGAAGUCCGGCGCCGUUGCUGGCUGCUCCGUCGAUGAAGACUGCCAGGCCGGCGUCGGCUGCGUCCGCUACAAUCACACCUCGAUCGUCGAGUCUCAAGGACCUGUUGGCUGCCGAGCUGCAGGACGAGGAGCUCCCCACGCCUGUGGCGGGUGCUACAGCGAGAGCCAGUCUGGACUCGGAGGAUUCGGACUCGAGUCUCGCUUACACCAAGCCGUCGCCUCUCAUCCCUCAGGGCACACAGACCGGACAGGGUGGCGAGAGCAACACGAUCACUCCGACCAACUCGUACACGACCGACUUGACCGUUCGGGCUUCAGAUGGGCCGAGUAGCAGGUGGAGCCCUGACAACAGUCCCUCUCGUAUGGCCAAGACGACAACGGCGUCGGCGGGUGCGUUCCAGGGUGCGAGGCAACGGGCGAAUUCAAGGGCGGACGAGUGGGUGAAGACGAUCACUGCUCGUGGAGGCGGUGUCGCUGCUGCGGCGGCGGCGGGGGGCAAGUGA